GGAUGGCGCAGCUCCGCCUGACCGACUUCUUCGCGCAGAGCCGGGCCGGCCCGGCGGGGCCGCGGGGCGCCAAGCGGCGGAAGGUGCAGGCCGGGGGCGCGGGGCAGCCGGAGCCGGGCGGCGGCGGCGGCGGCGCGGGGGCCCGGAAGAAGCUGCUGAUGCCCGAGGACGAGGCGGCGGCGGCGGUGAGCGGCCCCCUUUGCCGUCCUGCGCGGAAGCGGCGCCCGCCGCUGGCCGUCCGGGGCCCUGGUCCGGGCCGACGGCCUGCCGCCUUGCUGCGGCGCUGCCUGUUCUUGCCCACUGACAGGCCCGCACAAGUCUCUGGCCGGCUGGGUGCCCUCUUCCGCUUUGCCCCAUCUCAGCUUGACUGCCAGGACCAGGACCCCGUCUCCGGCUGCCUGGUUUCCCCUGCACCGUUGGGCCCUCCCAGCCCCUCCACCCUGGAUAAGAAGGCGAAGGAGCUUGUGAAUGGGAUUCUCUCGCCACGUCUGAAGUUGGGGGCGACCUCAGUAAGUGCGGCCAGGCUGGGGGAGGAGGAUGAGUCCAAAGAGCGGCUCCUGGAGCUGAGAGGCCAUCUGGGAAAGAUCCACAGCCUGGUGCAGAAGGUCAAGGGGGGUGCUACUGGCCUGGAAGCCGGUGGCGACCUAAAGAGCCGACUGAAGCGGGCCCGGUUGCUGGAAUCCAGGAUCCGCGAGAGGAAGCUUUCCCUGAAGGAGGAAGGGAGAGGGGUCUCUCGACCCCAGGAAGAAAGAAAGGAUCUCAAAUUAACAGCAGAGACCAGCGGGGUGCCGGCCCACCAGCGCUUCCACACCCUCGCGGAAGCUGUCCCCCCUGGUCUUCUGCUGCCGUACAAGUACAAGGUGCUGGCUGAGAUGUUCCGCAGCACAGACACCCUUGUGGCAAUGAUGUUCAACCGCUUGGAAACGGUGACCUUUGCCAGGGUCAAGCAAGGCGUGCAGGAGAUGAUGCACAAGCGGUUUGAAGAACGGCACGUGGGGCAGAUAAAAACGGUGUAUCCGAGUUCUUACGUUCUGCGCCGAGAGAGAAACAUCCCCACCUUUGGCGGAGGGGACAGGCGAAGCGUCUACCAGCUGACCAUCGAACCAAUGCUGGGGGCAGGCGAGAAACUGACCGCAUCCCUGCUGAUGGAACGCAGAGGCAUCUUCUGCAGGAACUUGACAGCCAUUGUCAAAGAGCACCACAAGGCGUUCCUGGCUUCUCUCAACCCUCCGAUGGCGAUAGCGGAGCAUGAGCUGACACGCUGGCACCCUCGGUUCCGAGUAGAUGAGGUGCCCGAUAUCGUGCCCGCUGAGCUGCCCCAGCCUCCCCAGGUGGACAGAGUUACCACAGCACAGGAGGUGCUGGCCAAGGCUCAUGGCACGCUGACACCCAAGAUGGGAAAGGCCCUGGCUAACCUGGUUCUGAGGACGGCAGAAACCAGUCCCUCGCCCUUGCAGCCUCCUCGCCCAGCUCCGCCUGGAACCCCCAACAGCCUGAAAGGCGUCUCGCAGUCCUUGGUAGAAAGGGUCAGAGCCAAGGAAGCGCAGAAGCUGCAGGCGCUGAUGACGCAGAACCCCCAGCAGGAGCAGCGGCUGGCGAUGCUGGGCCGCCUGCCGGACAUGGCGCGCAUCCUCCGCAACGUCUUUGUGGCGGAGAAGAAGCAGGCCCUCUCCAUGGAGGUGGCGUGCCAGCGGAUGGUGGAGAGCUACAGGGCUCUCAUGCCUGUGGGAGAGAUGGAAAAACACCUCCACCUCUUUGCGGAGCUCCUGCCGGACUGGGUGCGCAUCCUUCCCAUCCGCAAAGAGAAUUAUGUGAAGCUGGACAAAACAGUCAACCUCAAUAUUGUCACCAAGAGGCUGGCUGCGAGGAAGCAGGACGAGGAGAAACUCUGAUGGGGGGGGGGAGAUCCCCUGAAAAUAGACUUGCUGAGGGGCUCUGUUUUCUAGGAAAACUUCCUGGGGGAGCAUGCCCUUUCUUGUCCUUGCUCUAGAGGGAAGUAAGAGGGUGGAUUUUUCCCUCCCAUGGAAAACUCCCCAGCUUUUUCAGCACAGCCGUGACUUGACGGGCAGAAUAAGAGGAUUCAACAAAACACUUUUUUUUUU